AUGCACCUGAACGAGGCCAUUCUCUGCGCGACCGCACCGUCCGCUUCUGGCUCUGGACCUGGCACGCUCUCUCUCCAUGACAUCCAGACCGGAACCUCCCUCGCCUCGUGGAAGCAGUCUUCAUCAAGCACACAUUGCACAGCAGUCGUGCAGUCGAGGGAUGGGCAAGGCGGCUAUAUGCUCGCUGCUCAGCAGGACAAAUCUAUCAUGAAUGUAUAUAACUUCCAAAAAGACCAGCUUGCUCUGAAGAUUGUGCUGCCCGAAAAGCUCUCGGCGAUAGCGGUCGACCCGAGGGGGAAGUACUGUGCAGGGGCAACUGCCCAAGGCCGGAUAUUUCUCUGGGAGACCGCGUCCGGGAUCAUGUACAAUUCGUGGGACGCUCAUUACCGUCAGAUAAACGUCCUCCGCUUCACCCACGAUGCCGCCGCGCUCAUUGCCGGCAGCGAGGACUCGGGUGUGAGCAUAUGGUCAAUACCGAGGCUUCUGGACGACACCCUCCAGAAUGAGCUCCCGACCCCUUACUGUAACUUGACCGACCACACGCUCCCCGUCACGGACAUCGUCUGCGGGGUCGGCUUCUUCCCCUCCUGCCGCAUCCUCACGGCUUCGAUAGACCAUACGGUCAAGCUCUGGGACUCGGCCUCCAAAUCCCUCCUUACGACGUUCUACUUCCCCCAACCCAUCUCAUGUGUCGCCUGGGACGUCUCCGAACGGCUGUUCUUCGCGGCGUCCGCGGACGGGUCCGUACAUCAAGUCAACCUCUUCCGUCAGCGGGAAGACAGGUUCAGCCGCGCGGCCAUGGAGGCCGUCGGCGGCGCGGGCGUGGGCGAUGUCAUCCGGAUCAACGACACCGACCCCGCUGCGGCGCGCAAACGCCUCAUUUCCGUAGGGGAAGCGGUCACGACGCUCGCGAUCUCCCUCACCUCGUCCAUGCUCCUCGCGGGCACCGCGACGGGCCUCGUUCAUAUCUACGACAUUGCGUCGCACCAGCUGCUCCGCACGCUCUCGUCGCACAAGGGUAUGCAGAUCACGUAUCUGGCGACGAUGCUGCGCCCGCCGGACCUCAUUGGCCAUGUUAGCCUCUCGCUCACGGCUAGUGGGGCGGGCGACGCGAAGGAGAGCAUCCCGGCGCGCCCUGUGGCGCCGUUCCAGCGCAUUCGUGAUGCGAAGACGCGGGAGGCGCAUGAAGUGUCGUUGUUCCUGCCGCAAGUUCAGGCAACGACGAGUGCAUCUUUUGGAUACUCAAGACAGGAACUCAUCAAAGACCACGCAUACUUCGUCAAACCUUCUGCGGUAGGCCCGGAAGCUACAGGCGUGUCAUUACAGACGCGGGUGACAGAGCUUGAGGGCGAAGUUGCUCGUCUGAAAGAGCAGCUGGGCAAGGCAAGGGGUAUAAACGACGUGAUGUGGGAAACCGUCGUCCAGCGGCUUGUUGCAGAGGGCAAGGAGAAAAAGCCGGAAAGCGGCGUGUCGAUAGACGAGGAUGGAGCAGAGCAGAGCGAGGGUGGACGGAGACGAAAGCGCAAUCGCACAUGA